AGAGAGAGAGAGAGAGAGAGAGAGAGAGAGAGAGAGAGAGAGAGAGAGAGAAAAAAAAAAAACCUCAAGCCAAGUCUUAGCAGUCAUUCUCGAUUCCAUUUAACUCUGGAACACCUGGUGCCGCCGAGACUAAAGUCGCUCUUAAGUCUGAGGCCAUCCGACUUAAGGUGCCCCUCCAAACCUUUAUUCAACUAACCCCGCCCCGCCAGACAAGUGCCAAGUCUCGAAUCAACGCUGCGGCCGAGACUGAUCAAACGGCUCCUUUUCAAGCACAUUUGCUUCCCACCUUGAGAGCUUUGACACAACAGCAAAAUCAGUGAUGAACACAGUGAAAUAAGGCAUUUCCUCAGGCUCGCAUAGACCGGACGAUAUAGAUCGACAAAACGCGCACACCAUGGCUUCGACCGAAGAACCGGCCAAGGCGUCGUAUUCUACUGACCCGGCCUUGUACAUAUACACCUCACUGACGGCCGGCAGCUCGCAUAUUGUCACGGCCACCUCGCGCCUCGAAACCAUCCUGCGUGCCAACCGGGUCCCCUUCAAGGCCCUCGACCUCGCCACCGAUGAGAAGGCACGCAUGCUCUGGGGUCGCAGAGCCGGCAAGGAUGAGUCGGGUCGCCAGAGGAAGCUGCCCGCGCUCGUGCAAAUGGGCUUGGUUCUAGGUGACCUGGUCGAGAUCGAGGAGUGGAACGAGUACGGCGAACUCAAACAGCACGUCACCAUCUACUACGACGAAUUCACCCAGCCAUCCAUUAGCGAAGCCCAGAAGCUCCCUCCCGUCAUGAAGAAGGGACCUGCCGUCGCUGCCCCGACCGCCGCCAGCACCGCGACGACAGCCUCGAAACCAGCUGCCGCCCCAGCGGCCCCACCGCUGCCGCCGGCAUCAGCAGCUUCCUCAUCUGCACCUGCAGCCGCAAAGGCCACAGGGUCGUCCGCCGCAGCCUCUGCAGCCCUCCCGAUCCGCAGCAUUGCCGAAGAAGCGGCCGCCAAGGCCAAAAAAGUGCAGCUCCAGAGCCUGCGGGACAAGGUUUACGGAAAGGGUAACACUGGGCCUGUCAAGAAAGAGGAUGCAGACAAGGCUGGUAAGGCCGAAGGGGGCGAGAAGAAGGGGGAGGCUGCCAAGACGCCGGCAGAAAAGGAGCAGGGCGAGUCUGCGAAAUCGGAGGACAAAAAGGAUGCGGCAAAGUCGCCAGCGCCCAUAGCUGUCCCAGAAUCGAGCAAAACUACGGCGAAGACCGCAGCUGGACUGCAGUCACCGACAUCUGGAGCGUGGAAGGGCAGUGGAGAGGAUGCAUCGUCGGUUGAGGCGCUGCGGAACACAAUUCAAAGUCCAACUAGCACCGCAUGGAAACCAACAGAUAUCGAUCCGCCUGUGACAACGCACCGCGGAUCAGUGGUCAGCCCAGCCUCGGCAGAGGAGAUUAAGGCUGUUGAGAAAGAGCUGGCUAUCAAGGAGGAGUCCGAAGAAGACGAGGAGGAAGAUAGUGACGAGGAGGAGGAUAGUGACGAGGAAGAGGAAAGCAAAGAAGCUGACAAGGAUAAGAAGGCGGCUGGGAAAUCCGAUCCCAAAGCCAACUGAUCGCCAGCAUAGAUGAUUCGCUCCCUUCUAUUUCAGUUCUAGACUUUUGAAAUCGACUGUCUGAAAUACUUGGCCGCCGCUGCAGUGCAAUACAAGGUGCUUGGAAAGACUGUAUAAUUUCUCAAUUAUGUAGGUAUUUAUUCAACCCCUAUCUCACACUCGAUCUAUCCUCUUGAAUCCACAUCAAUCUCUCCAAAUGGUUUCGGUUUCCGUGACAGUCCCGCCAUUAGCGACUGUCGGUAAUUAAAUGCCAGUUGGUUGAUAACGGCGCUGCACUUG